AGUUAAUUCCUGGAAAGUAUGUCAGCGACAUACGACCUUCGUUCAAUUAAGCUCCACCCCCGACCUGGGGCCGCCGUUGGCGCCAGAGUUUGCGCCAUGCGGCUUAACGACAUACACUCUUAUCACCUCACUACUGCUGCAUUAGACUUUAAAUGUAAGAUACAUAACCGUGAAUAUGUUGAUCGCCCGGUGGUAAAGGAUUAUAAAACACCAGCUUGUGUGUAAGCUCCUCACACCAAUACAAACUAACUCUCCCUUCUCAUACCUGAAGAAAUCUUAUCAAUCACCAAGAUGGCUACUACAACGCAAACCGUCACUAUGAUAUCAAAUACCUCGAAGCAAGAAGAGCUCAAAGAACGUGCGGAUCAAGCCGCUGUUCCAUAUCGAGGUCCCCGUCUUCCCGCUGUUCCUGACGACCUUGUCAUUCCAGGAAUCUUCGACUUUGAAUGCGACGAGCGCCUCUGGGUCCCACAAGCACCAGACGUUUGGUUCCGACCUCUUCUUCUCUCUGUUUCUGGCGGCUACUUUGUCAACAUUCUUCGAGUCCGAAGAUCUGGUAUCCUCUCGCGCCAUCGCCACGCUGGUUGCGUGCACGCAACAGUUCUCAAGGGCCGCUGGCAUUAUCUAGAACAUCCGUGGUGGGCGACAGAGGGCGGUUAUGCCUUUGAACCUCCUGGAGAUAUUCAUACUCUUGAGGUUCCGGAGGAUGUGAAGGAGAUGGUGACCAUGUUUCAUGUCACAGGGGCUUAUAUCUAUGUUGACCCUGAUGGCAAUCCUGUUGGCGUGGAAGAUGUUUUCAGCAAGUUGGACAAGGCACGAAAGCACUAUGAAGCUGUUGGACUCGGGGCAAGGAACUGUUCUAUUCGAUUAUGACUGAGCCAAGGUUUUGUUGUGUCCUGUGUUGCAAUAUCAGCCUGCUGCAUGGUCCAAAUCGAUAGCAUAUUACUGGAAUGAGGUUGAACUUUCCUCGUGCCUUUCUUUAUUAAGCGCAUUCAAAUAGUUAGAUCUAAUAUAUUUAAGAGUAAAUUGUUUGGUUUCAGAGGUUAUAGAAUCGAUAAUAAAAGUAUUAG